AUGUCGAGCGACGUUUUGGAGCGAAAAAAUCGAUACGAGGAGUCGUUUCAAUCACGCGUGAUGAACGAAUGGGCGAAAAUGUCACACCCUUUUUGGGUUUGGUUUUCCAAAAGCGGAAAGGAAAUUCUUAGGAACUACAAUAUCAAUCAUGGUACAAAAAUACUUUUCAUUCAAGAACAAACCCAUAAGGUCAACGAAGCGACUAGAUUAUGUAUGUAUCUGAGGACGAAAAUAAAGGAGUCAUAUGAAACGAGAGAAGCUAAGCCGAUAGAAAUGAAAAUUCGUAAAACAAAGAUUGAGUUGAAGGAUUUAGGGACGUUCGACCCGGUUAUACUAGCUCAACGCCUUAGUAUGGAUUACGGGGAUUGGAAAGGAAGACCGCUGUCCGAGCUAAUAUUAGAGAAGGGACUUAAGGGGGACGAAUUAACAAACGAGAGGCUAUUACUUCCUGGAUUGUGUGAGGAUAUCCCAGGGAAAGAAAAUGAAUUGAAGAAAAUACAAGAGAUAAAAGGGACGAAAAGAGGAGCGAGUGAAGAUUUAAACAUGAAGAAGAGAAAAACGAUUCGGCAAUAA